GGAGAACCCGGAGUCAAUUCUGGAAACUCAAUUGCAAUCAAGUCCACCAAAAAAAGUGCACACCGGAAGAGUUACAAACCAAGGACUGAAAAGUCAAUGACCGAGGUGGCACGAUUCAUUCAAAAAUGGACAUCGGAGGAAGAAGUGUUGUUGGCAUCCGCGUGGGUUGACGUCUCGGAGCAUCCUAUCGUUGUUCUUGAUGAGUUGGGGCAGUCUGGGGCAUCUCGUGUGUAUUGCCGGCGCAUUUGCCAGGAAGAGGUGGUUUGGGCCCUCCGCGGGAUGCGUAGUGGGAGAGCUUUGGGACCAUAUGAGAUUCCGGUGGAGUUUUGGAAGCAUGCGGGGUGUGGUGCGAGGGUUUGGUUAACCAAACUCUUCAAUGUUAUCCUCCGGACAGCAAGGAUGCCUGAUGAGUGGAGGGAGAGUCUCUUGGUCCCUCUGUUUAAAGGAAAAGAGGCCAUUCAUCUCGCGAGGAGGUUAAUGGAAGAGUAUAUGGCUAGGAAGAAGGACCUUCAUAUGGUGCUUAUUGACCAUGAGAAGGCGUACGAUAGGGUGCCAAGGGAGGUCUUAUGGAGGUGCCUUGAGAGGAGAGGAGUUCCCAUUGUGUACACUCGCGUUAUCAAGGAUAUGUACGAUGGGGCUAUGACCAGGGUGAGGACUUCCGGGGGCGACUCUGAGUCUUUCUCGGUAGGGAUGGGGUUGCACCAGGGGUCUGCCCUUAGCCCUUUUUUGUUCGCCUUGGUGAUGGACGUCCUAACCCAAGCUAUUCAAGAAGGAGUCCCAUGGUGCAUGCUUUUCGCGAAUGAUAUUGUGCUUAUCGAUGACACACGCGAGGGACUUAACAAUAAGUUGGAACUAUGGCGCCUUGCCCUUGAAACUAAAGGAUUCAGAAUAAGUAGGAACAAGACUGAAUACUUGGAAUGUCAUUUCAGCGGCCGGGAAACAGAAUCAGAAGUGGAAGUUAGGAUUGACUCUCACCUAGUACCUAAGGUAGGCAUGGCGCCGGUGGAAGAUAAGUUGCGGGAAGCGAGGUUGAGAUGGUUUGGUCAUGUGAGACGGCGGGAUGCUAACGCCCCUGUUGAGCUGGGGGUUUCUUGGAAACAGCCUCCCUACUUCCGAGUAGGGGCAAGGUACAACAGAAAGAACACUGUGAUCCUGGCAGCAGAUGGGGCGAGAUUGUCGGGAUGGAUGUGACAAGUUUGAAAUGAUUUAUGAUAUGUCAAAAUUAAAUUCGCUUCCGCAAU